AUGGCUCCAGUGGCCAACCCCAAGACCUUCUGCCUAGACAUCAAGAAGACCAACGAGGUCCUGACUGCACCAAAGCUGAUGGACUUCAGGAAAGGUACCACCACCCUUGGCUUUGUGUUCCAGGGCGGUAUCAUCAUCGCAGUGGAUUCCCGUGCCUCCAUGGGUAGCUACAUUGGUUCAGCAACUGUGAAGAAGGUCAUCGAGAUCAACGAUUUUCUGCUUGGAACCAUGGCGGGUGGCGCUGCCGACUGCUCGUUCUGGGAGCGCCACUUGAACCGACUCUGCCGCAUGCACGAACUCAGGGAGAAGGAGCGCAUCUCGGUUGCCGCGGCUUCAAAGCUGUUAGCGAAUAUCUUCUGGCAGUACAGGGGCCAGGGUCUGUCCUGCGGCACCAUGGUGGCGGGCUGGGACAAGAAGGGCCCCUCGCUGUACAUGGUAGAUGACAACGGCGAUCGCCACAAGGGCAACGUUUUCUCAGUGGGUUCGGGAUCAACCUUCGCUUACGGCGUGCUGGACACCGGUUACAGCUAUGACCUGACUGUGGAAGAGGCAGUCGAACUGGGCCGGCGCUCCAUCUACCACGCCACGCAUCGAGACGGCGCCUCUGGUGGCGUUGUGCGCGUCUACCACGCCGGGGAGCCCAGUGUUGGACGGAGCCCGGUUGGGACAUGGGACUGGAAGCCCUGA